CCCGGAAGGGCGCGCGCUGCCCGCUGCGCGCGCGCGACCCGCGUGGCGCCGGAAUCAAUCGAGCUCCGCGCCGCUCCCUGAGCCGGGGACGGCAUGUCCAAGAAAAAAGGUCUGAGCUUUGAGGAGAAGAGAGCCCGCAUGCUGGAGAUCUUUUUUGAAACAAAAGAUGUGUUCCAGUUGAAGGAUAUAGAGAAGAUUGCUCCAAAAGAAAAAGGGAUUACCUCGAUGUCAGUGAAAGAGAUUCUGCAAAGCUUAGUUGAUGAUGGCAUGGUGGAUACUGAUAGAAUUGGAACUUCGAAUUAUUUCUGGGCUUUUCCAAGUAAAGCUCUUCAUUCCAGGAAGCGUAAAUUGGCAGAAUUGGAGUCACAGUUUGCUGAAAGCAGUCAGAAGAAAGAGGCUUUACAAAAAAGCCUUGAGAAAUCAAAAAUUGGACGUGAAGAUACUGCAGAACGUGCGACUCUGAUAGAGGAACUUUCUGCCUUUAGGCAGAAAAAAGAUCAGCUAAAAGCAGAGAUAGAAAAAUACAGAGAAUGUGAUCCAGACGUCGUUGAAGAAAUGCCCAGAUUGUUUGAAUGUCACCUUCCCCAUCCUGAAGUUCUGCCUCGUGAUCCUUCCGCACUUCUACCAUGACACUUUGCUGCCAGUCUGUGAUCAGUCCCAGGUGGUGCGUGGAAAGAAUGACACGGUUGAAAUAUUUCUUCAUUUUACUUCUACAAAUUUUACUCUUAUGAGUUCCUUUUUGUUUGGUUGGUUUUUGUUUGUUUGGUUUUUGUUACUUCUCUGCUAUUUAAGUCACUGAAGGUGCUGCUUAUUUUGAGGUUUCUCUGUUAUAGCUUCCUACUUUUACUACCAUGAUUUGAUUUCUAGCCACAGCUUCAUUGUAGGCAACCACCCCAGUGCACAACCUGUACCUGUAAGUCACCUCAGCCUUUCCUUUGAUGGGUAAAAAGUCAUAUUUUAAAAAUACAAUUGCAUGUGUGUAUUUUAACAUGUAUAAGCAACAUUUCAAGGGUGACGAGUAACACCAUGCUGCCACUAUUUUAUUAAUGCAUUCUACCAUACAGUCACUGUGCUUUAAGCACAGGGCUGCGUGCUGAAAACUGCAGGAACUUAGAGCUACUGUGUAAUGGCGAAGCACAGGGCUCAGCACAUCUGCUCUUUCAUCAAAGCAGAGGUUUCUGCUGAGGUCUAGUAGAUGCUGUGGACUAGGUUGGCACACCUGCCACAAGGAUGCUGUCACCUUGCAGCAGUGUAUCCAUGUAGUUUAAUACUAUCUACUUCCCUUGUUUCAUUUCAAACUUCAUUACUUGGAGUAAAAUACAGCUUUGAAGUUUUUCUCUAGAGUUUCAGAAAAAUGCUGAGUGAAGUGUCAUAAGUAACACAUUUAAAGUCUUGACCAGUGCAAGCCCUUGCUCUGCAGGCUUGCUUUAUGUAGUGUUAGGUAAAGUAUCAUUCAAAGUGCCAGUGGCUACCAGUAUGUUCUCAGUGAUGCUGGUCAUGGAACUAAACAAGUGAGGAUAGCAACAAGCAGUCAGCAAAGCAAAUAAGGAAUAUCUCUCUCAAGCUAAGAAUAACUUGAAUUUCUGGUGCAUGCAAACAAGCAAAAAUGCCAUCUUCUCACCCACUCCCUUUUUUGCUCAUCUUAUUGUUUUGCUUUUCUUCACACUAUGCCCAAGCUUUCUAAUUGUAAGCCACUUACAGAAACUGCACUGGUUUUGGAACAGUGUUUUACUCUGAUUAAAACACUUUUCAUAUCACUUAUUGAAGUAUUAAGGAUAGAGUAUUGAAUGAUUGUCUUCCUGUGUACUAGCAGAUGAUUUUUCAACGUAAUUUAGUUUUGCCUGAAGUAUAAUCUUUAUAACAAUGGAUACCUGAUCUUAUAUUCACUUCUCAGUACCCCUGGAGACAAAUUUCAUGCUGACCGUGCAAAUGACUAUUAUCAUGCAAGUACUAACAAGACUGACUGGGAAUACCUAAGUUAUGUGUAGGUGUGAGAACCAUAAUGAUUCUGAUAAAUUCCCACAUUACAAACCAACCACCUUGAUUUGAUUCAGUACUUAUUUUAAUGGGAGCAAGGCGACCUAAGGGAAAUCUUUCUUGAUACUGUUUUGCCUUAUGGAAACUAUAUAAAAGCUAUUUGUAGUAAUGGUAAUUUACUAUUAUGUAUUUAGAUCUGGAGUGGGAAGGAAAGAUCUGGAGUAAGGAAGGGAAGUCAAGUUUAAUAAUCAAGAGCAUUAUUUUGUCUUCAUUUCAUUGAGGGGGUUCUCAAAGCCCAAGAGACCUUCUAGAGCUGUGUAGUACUUCGAGAGCUAUAUGGUAAACUUCUGGAUUAAUGUGAUAGACUGCUACCCUUGUCACUUUCUUUAUCUAUAUAGAGUCACGCAUACCCAUGUGGUGGAUUACUUAUGUAUACAGAGGAUUAUAAAAUAUUUUCCAUCUCGGUUGCCUCUAGUAUCUUCAGGUCAUAUAUCUAGUUCCAGUCUUGGUACAGACAAUUAAGCCCCCAGGCAAACCAAAAUAGCAUCAUUUUACUUUAAAAUAUACUUGAAAAACUCACUGUUCAUGUGGUAUCUUUUAUGUUCCUUUGCUCCUGUUUUUCCUUAACUUAGCUUUAUGCUUGUUGAAGCCUUAAAGUCGUAAAAAAGAUGAAGGGUUUGGAAGCAUUAGAAUACCUCCCUUAUAUUCUGUGGUUCUCUGAAAAUGAUCUCAAUAAAAUUUUAAUCUCUAUGCCUUGACUAUUGUAUGAUUUUACUCUGGUGUAUGCUUGUUUGUAUGUUUGUUUUUCUUCUCUA